AUGGCAGAAAGUGUGUCUCCACUGAAGCACUUUGUGUUGGCAAAGAAGGCCAUCACUGCAAUCUUCGGCCAGUGGCUGGAGUUUGUUACCGAAGGAUCACAUUUUAUUGAAGCAACUUACAGGAAUCCAGAGCUUGACAGAAUAGUAACUAAGGAUGAGCUGGUGGAAAUACAAGGCUGCAGAAACAAGCUUGCCCUCAUUGGGGAGGAGCAGUCGCGGAGACAUAUGAAAGUGGCAUUUUUUUUUUUUUUUGGCAGGAUGAGUAGUGGCAAGAGCUGUGUCAUCAAUGCAAUGUUGUGGGAUAAAGUUCUCCCUAGCGGGAUUGGCCACACAACCAACUGCUUCCUGAAUGUAGAGGGAACCGACAGAGAUAAAGCCUCUAUGACCGAAGGAUCAGAUAAAAAGAAAAGUGUGAAGACAGUUAAUCAGCUGGUGCAUGCUCUGCAUAUGGACAAAGACUUGAAAGCUGGCUGCCUUGUGCAUGUAUUUUGGCCCAAAGCAAAAUGUGCCCUCUUGAGAGGUAACCUGGUUUUAGUAGACAGCCCAGGUACAGAUGUUACCACAGAGCUGGAUACCUGGAUUGGUAAAUUCUGCCUCAAUGCUGAUGUCUUUGUUUUGGUUGCAAACUCGGAAUCCACACUGAUGAACACGGAGAAACAUUUUUUUUUCCCUAAGGUAAAUGAGCGGCUCUCCAAACCAAACAUUUUCAUUCUGAACAAUCGUUGGGAUGCUUCUGCCUCAGAGCCAGAGUAUAUGGAGGAUAUACGCAGACAGCACAUGGAGAGAUGCCUUCACUUCUUGGUAGAAGAGCUCAAAGUUGUGAGUCCUUUGGAUGCUCAGAAUCGGAUCUUUUUUAUUUCAGCCAAGGAAGUUCUCAACUCCCAAAAGCAUAGAGCCCAGGGUAUGCCAGAAGGUGGUGGGGCACUGGCCGAAGGAUUUCAGGUAAGAUUACAAGAGUUUCAGCAUUUUGAACAAACUUUUGAGGAGUAUAUCUCA